AUGAAGGAUUACGAUGAGAGCAUCGCGUUCCUGGGGCAAUGGGGACGUUUCCAGCUGGUCGUGUUCUUCCUGCUCUGCUCCACCAUUGUUCCCAAUGGCUUUGGAGCUUUCACCCUCGUCUUCCUCACGGACAUGCCGAGCCACCACUGCCUGGUGCCGGACGACAACCUCACAGAGGACUGGCGCAAAGCCACCAUACCAGUGGAGGUGGUGAAUGGGAAAGAGGAGCAGAGCAGAUGCAGCAGAUACAGGUUGGAUGUGGUCAGGAAUCUGUCCGCUCAGGGCUUCGUUCCCGGCAGAGACGUCAACCUCACCGACCUGGAGCAGGAGGCCUGUGUGGACGGGUGGAGCUACAGCACGGACACGUACAAAUCCACUGUAGUCUCUGAGUUUAACCUGGUGUGCGAUGAAGAGUGGAAGCAGCCGUUAACCGCCACAGUCUAUUUCCUGGGAAGUCUGUGUGGAUCUUUCUUCUCCGGGCUGCUGUCAGACAGAUUUGGAAGGAAGCCUGUUCUUUUUGCCACCGUAGCACUUCAGACGGUUUUUACCUUCAUUCUCGUCUACUCUGCCUCAUGGCUAAUGUUAACCAUCCUCCUCUUCAUCAAUGGUUUGGGGCAGAUAUCAAACUUCGUAGCUGCUUUAGUGCUCGGAGCUGAGAUCUUCACCGGCAACGUGCGCGUCCUCUACUCAUCUUUGGGCACGUGUUUAGGUUUCACCAUCGGCUACAUGAUGCUGCCGGCCUUCGCUUACUUUAUUAGAGACUGGAGAUCUCUCACUUUGGCUUUGGCGCUGCCUGGCCUGCUCUACAUCCCCCACUGGUGGUUCAUCCCGGAGUCUCCUCGGUGGCUGCUCUCUCAGGGAAGAAGGGAGGAGGCUGAAGCCAUCGUGAGAAAAGCUGCUAAAUGGAACAAACUGCAGGCUCCUCCCGUCAUCUUUGAGAUUUGCAGUGAAGAUGAGGAUAAAACAGAGGUGAAGGAAAGCCACAGUGUCUUCGACCUGCUGAGGACGAGCAACAUCAGAAUCACAACAAUCCUUCUCUGCUGGGUAUCGUUCACCAUGAUGACCGGAUACUUUGGCCUGUCCUUCAGCACGGCCCAGCUCCAUGAUAACCCCUACAUCAGCUGUUUCAUCUCAGCAGCCAUAGAGUUUCCUGGGUACAUCAGCAGCUGGCUGGCGCUACGAUAUUUUCCACGGCGAAAAGCUAUGAUCGGCAUCUUGAUCCUUGGAUCAGUGCCACUGUUACUCAUUCAAUUUGUACCUGAAACUCUACCACACUUGUCUCUUGCUCUGGAGAUAUUGGGUAAAUACGCUCUCACCGCUGGUGUCUCCAUGAUAUUUACCUACACCUCGGAGCUCUACCCAACGCCGCUCAGGAACACGGCCACAGGAACAACGUCCACUAUCUCCAGAGUGGGGGCCUGCAUCGCACCAUUUUUGUUGCAGCUGAGGAUCUACCUGAAGGGCCUUCCUCAUAUUGUGAUGGGGUCUCUGUGUGUUGUGUCGAUCUUUGCCACCCUCUUCCUCCCCGAGAGUUUCGGACGACCUCUCCCCGAAACUAUUCAAGAGAUGCACAAAAGAGAAAGGAUACGGUGUCCAUGCAUCAGUGGGGGGGAACAAAACGUACACGUUCACUACCAGGACAGUCUACUAUGA